GCCGACGAGACGUGCGGUCACUCGGCAACUCGCCCGCAACCGCUCACUCAACAUGCCUGGGAAAGCGACCACGCCAGUAAAGCGCACCCGUGCCGAGCAGGUCGACAGCUCGUGGUCGGACCUCGAGUACUUGCCUGGAUUUGGCAACCAUUUCGCGUCGGAAGUACUCAAGGGCGCCCUCCCGACCGGGAUGAACAACCCGCAAAAAUGCAACUAUGGCUUGUACGCCGAGCAAUUGUCGGGCACGGCAUUCACGUUGCCUCGCAAGUCAAACCAGCGCAGCUGGUUGUACCGCAUCUUGCCUCCCGUGGUCCACGACCAGUACAAGGAAAUCCCUGCCAAGCACAUCGUGAACGAUUUUGCCAACCAACACAUCACGCCCCAACAAUUGCGCUGGCAACCCAUGGCGUUGCCCAAGGCGUCGGAAAAGGUCAACUUUAUCCAAGGUCUCCACACCAUGGGCGGUGCCGGUGAACCCACGAUGAAGGCGGGUCUCGCCAUCCACAUGUAUGCUGCCAACGCGUCGAUGAAAGACACGGCGUUCUACAACUCGGACGGCGAUUUCCUUAUCGUGCCGCAAGUUGGAGCGUUGAAAAUCACAACUGAGUUUGGCAAACUGCACGUCAAGCCCCGUGAAAUUGUCGUGAUCCAGCGCGGCAUUCGCUUCUCGAUCGACCUCGACGAACCUUCUCGUGGGUACGUGUUGGAAGUGUACAACCGCCACUUUAUCUUACCCGACUUGGGGCCGAUUGGCGCAAACGGCCUUGCCAACCCCCGCGACUUUGAGCACCCCGUCGCAUGGUACGAAGACCGUGAUGUCGACUUCACCGUGAUCGGCAAGUUUGGCGGCAAACUGUUCUCAGCCCACAUGAACCACUCGCCUUUUGACGUUGUCGCUUGGCAUGGGAACUACGUCCCGUACAAGUACAAUCUCGACUUGUUCUGCACGAUCAACUCUGUCAACUACGACCACCCCGACCCUUCCAUCUAUACGGUGUUGACGUGCCAGACCGACGAAGCGGGCUGCGCCGUCGCCGACUUUGUCAUCUUUCCUCCGCGUUGGAUGGUGCAAGAAAAAACAUUCCGUCCCCCGUACUACCAUCGCAACUGCAUGACGGAAUUCAUGGGCAUGGUGUACGGUGUGUACGAUGCCAAGAAGGACGGGUUCGUCCCGGGCGGAGCGUCGUUGCACAGUUGCGACAGCGCCCACGGCCCCGACGCAUCCACGUUUGAAAGCGCGUCGAACGCCGACCUGAAGCCGCAGUACUUUGAUGGCGGCCUCGCGUUCAUGUUCGAGUCGUCGUACUUGAUCAAGCUCACGGACUAUGCGCUCCACUGCCCCCAGAACGAAAAGGACUAUUACAAGUGCUGGCAGCCCCUCAAGAAGUUGUUCAACCCGAACCAGAAGGAGCCCAACGAGUUGCUCCAGUAAGUAGUUUAUCCUUUCAAUUUAGUGCAUCUCGACGCGUCGCUCGCAUCACACGGAGAUUUGCCACGAUCCGAUUCACGCACCGACGUGCGUCAGCUGACGGGCCAUAUGCCAUUGACCAACGAGGCGCUGCGUCCAGUCCGGGCCAUGCUUUGAUCCCCCACGUCGUGUGCACAGCGCAUCGCACAUUUACAGCACGCCAUGACUGAUGGUUGUUCGAACUGAUUUGCAUUUCGUCGGGGUGGUGUGUGCGUUGAGAUCGCACGUCCAUCACCACAUCCAUCCAUGAAGACCGGCACCCAACGACGUCUGGCCUGUCCUUGGGUGAUCAGGUCUCUCGUUUGUG